AUGAAGGCAUUAAGAUUCAAGCAUCUUUAUGGAGAAGAAAUAAAAUCCAAGUUUGAAUAAGUAUCACCAACCUCCAUCACUUGUGACUCCACUAUGGUUAAGGCAAAUGCUUUAUACACAGCCCUUCUUUGGUAAACCGGUGGUGGCGGACUUGUUUGUGUUGUUAAAUCCGAUAAACCAACUAAGCUUCCUUUUGACACCCCUAUGAUAAAAGGACAUUAAGGUACAAUAUUGGAUUUGGAUUGGUAUCCUUUUGAUGAUGAAUACUUGGCUACAUCAUCUUAAGAUCAAAACAUUUGUGUUUGGAAAAUUAAUGAUUUGACAAGUGAUAUCACAGAGCCUUUAACAACAUUAUCAGGACACGAUAAAAAAGUCAACUUAAUUUCAUGGAAUCCAACCUCUGCAUGGGUCUUAGGAUCAGCAUCACAUGAUCAAACCGUUAAAGUUUGGGAUGUGCAAGGAGGUGUGGCCAGAAACACAAUCAAUGCUAAUGCUUUGCCAUAUUCUAUUGAUUGGAAUCUUAAUGGUUCACUAAUUGGAUCAUCUUGGAACGAUAAAAAAUUGAAAAUCAUAGAUCCAAGAUAACAGACAAUAUCCUUGGAAGUCAACGCCCAUUAGGGAACUAAGCCAUAGAGAUUUGCUUGGUUGGGAUCCACUGGAUAUUUCGUAAGUGUCGGAUUCAACAAAACUUAAGGGAGAGAAUUCUCAUUAUGGAAUACCAGCAACCCUUCAGAACCUGUGUCAACAACUUAAAUUGAUACUGGAAGUGGAGUGCUCUACCCAUAUUGGGAUGAAUAACUCAAAGUCCUUUAUUUAACCGGUAAGGGAGAUUCCAGCAUUAAAUAUUUUGAAUUCCUUGAUGGUUAAUUACAUUUCCUAAAUCAAUACACCUCAAAUAAACCUGGAAAGAGUUAUGCAUUUUUCCCCAAAAGAGCUGUGGAUGUGAAUGCCUGUGAAGUUAACAGAGUGGCUAAAAUUGAAGAGAAUGCCCUCUCCUAUGUUCAACUCAUUGCUCCAAGAAAGGCUAACACAUUCUAGGAGGAUCUAUUCCCUCCUUGUCCAGGAACUUAACCAGCAUAAACUGCUGCUCAAUUCUUCUAAGGUCAAAAUUCAAAUCCAGUAUUAGUAAGUCUUAAACCAGAUUAAUAAUAAUAAUAACAAUAACAGUAGUAAAAUGUCGUUUUUACAUAAUAACAACCAAAACCAUAACCCUAAUAGUAAUUAACAUAACCAGACAAUUAAAAGAUUGCGUAAUUAGAGUUGAUCGUUUAAAAUCAAUAGGCAUAAAUUAGGGAAUUAUAAGCUGAAGUUGAAAAAUUUAAACACGAGAAUGAUGUCCUAAAAGAACAAUUAAAUUAAAAUGAAUAACAGAAAUAUUGAUUAUUUAUUCAUAAAAAUGCAUUCAAACAUUAAUAUUAUACAC